AUGGAGGCCACUCUGGAUACCGUCGCUGCCCCAAACGCCUAUGUCCGUGCUACCGAGACGGUCAAGUACUUGCGCGCGCAGCUCCCCGAGGCGCUUCAAAACCCAAAGGUAGCCAUUGUGUGCGGUUCGGGCCUGGGUGGGCUCGCUGAUACCAUCGAGCCUGAGCCAAAGGUCGAGCUGCCCUAUGGCGCCAUCCCCCACUUCCCCAAGAGCACCGUCCAAGGUCAUGCUGGAAAGUUUGUCUUUGGUCAGAUUGGGCCUCAGAAGACGCCUGUGGCGCUUCUUGUGGGACGGGCACAUUUCUAUGAAGGACACACAAUGGACCUGGUUACAUUCGCUACCCGGGUAUGCAAGGUUCUUGGUGUAGAAACUAUGAUCGUCACAAACGCUGCUGGUGGUCUCAACCAGACUUACCGCGUGGGCGACAUUGUGUGCCUAAACGACCAUCUCAACAUUGCUGGGCUUGUAGGAUUCAAUCCUCUGCGUGGCCCCAACGUCGAGGAGUUUGGCGUGCGUUUCCCGCCACUGUCAGAUGCGUACGACCUCGACUUGAGGAGACGAACGCACAUGGCUUGGGUCAAGCUGGGACUCGACCAGCAGAAGAGAAGGCUCCACGAAGGCAUAUAUGCAUAUGUUGCGGGACCAACUUACGAGACGCGCGCUGAAUGCCGGAUGCUGAGCAUGCUAGGGGCUGAUGUCGUUGGCAUGUCGACGGUGCCGGAAAUCAUCGUCGCCAGACAUGCAGGCAUGCGCGUCCUUGCAUUCAGUUUAGUUACAAACGUCGCGGUCCUGGAGGCAGGAUCGCGUGGCAACGAUGCCGAAAUCCAGACCAUGAACAAGGCGCAGCUGACUGAGCAUCUCAGCAAAGGCAAGGCAAACCAUGAAGAGGUACUGGAGGCUGGACGGGAGGCGGCCAAAGACAUGCAAGCUUUGGUGAAGCAAAUCCUUUCCGACAUGGAAGAGCAAUAG